AUUUUCUGGUGUCUGUAUGGUUGCCAGAAUGUAUUCGUGUAGUUUCUUGAUUUGCCACCCGAAGAACGACAAUUGAGCAAAGAGUCCAACGUCAUGGUCGCGAUCAGUGGGGGAAGUGGUACGGUGGCGCACCUUCUGGGACUCCUGCGGGAGCUCGGGGAGCAUGUUGCGAGUGACGAAGACAAUCCUGUUGAGGAGCGCUUCCGAGCUUUCCUGCCAAGGCUCCUGGAGGAGUGCUUUGUCCCUCACCAAGAGAGGGAGCUCUUUGCAAUAUCGAAGCUGCUGAUCCACAUUAUUCAAACUUAUCCUGCGAUCUUCUUCAAUGGUCAUCGACGGGCAAUCCUGCCUAUCUUUGGACGAAUCAUCCCUCUGGUGGCAGACCCUCAUCUUUGUAUCCAACAUAAGCUCCUUCUGGAGACACUGUCUACAUUGCUGACCGUUCUGCGGACUGGCGAUGCACCCGCAUAUUGCACCCUCAUCUUAGAUCUUGGACACCUCUUAGAAGAUCUGGCAUCGGUGGCUGCCUUCUUCUCCACUCCCAGCUGCUUCACCCUCAGCACAGCACUUUCUGUUCACUGCCUCUCAGCCUCCUUCGAAUCUCUAGCCGAAGAGACAGGCCACAAGCGAGAAUUUUCUGUAAUCUGCUCAAUCCCCGAUCCAUGGACGCCUCAAGAAGGCCCUGGCAUCCUCAUUGAUGUCACGGGGGAUGACAAGUGGCGCCCUUUCGCCGAGGGUGUCAUCAGACUGCUGGAGCGAUGUGCGGCAGAGUCUCCUCUUCUGGUGGGAGGGCUCGUGAACCCAGCGAUGGUCAAAGGAAUCAUGAGUCUUCUUCAGUACGGCGACGGCAACCUCCACAAGGCUUGCUUCGAUGCCUUGAGGGUUUUGAUCACCACCUCGAGUUGUGAUCCAGAGCUCGUUCCAAGCGAGGACUGUGUUUCUGUGCUUAUUGACAUCCUCUCCAUCAGGACAGCUGAGGGCAGACUGCCCAGCUUCAGGACUCCUGAGUACGACUCUUCUUUGGCAGCAUGCCUGACCGCACUCGUCUUCUCUGGCCGCCCGGGCACUGUGGAGUACUCUGCACACAUGCUGGUUCAGAUUGUACACCCGGUUCUGCAGACAACAGAGAGUCGGGAACUGAAACUUGCCAUCUGCGACGUCUUUCUCGUCGUCCUAAAGUGUUGCCCCAGCUACGCAGAGCAGCCAGAGCUGUUGUUUCCGCUUCUCCCAGUCCCUGAGAUCAGCUCCCCUGUUAGUCACUGCGUCCAGCAGAUUGUCGAAAGCCUGCCUGCUUUAAGCGCCCCUCUUAGCGAGCACCCGCCAGAUCCCUCAGACGAGCGCUUCCCCGGCAAGAAAAUAGAGGCUGAACCGGAUGCAAUACCGGAGCCGAAGUCCCGGUCCAAGCGGCGGAGGGUAAUUCAAGAGUCUGAGGCUGAUGACGCUGCAGAAAAGCCCCAGGAGGGUGGUCGGGAGCCUAGCGCAGACAGAGCAUCAUCUUAUUCUAGCGAUCGGCAGAGCAUUGUGGAUCGGUUCUCCUCGCACAUCCUUGCUUGUGGUCCAGACGGACAAGUGACAGCAGAAGUGGGGGUUGACGGCGCCCUUACAGCGUUGCGGGUGCUCGCACGUCCUCUUUCGAGGAAGUCUGGAACCGCCUGCUGUCAGGCCCUGGAGUCCGUGAUCGCUCAGUGGGUCACCUGCACAGUCAACAAGAGCAACAACGGUUCCCUAGCUCGCGGCGAGCUGGCCCUCCUUGUCGAAGUGUUGGACAAGCUGCUUCUCGGGCCAGGCUCCGAGUCCACAACUGACAACGAGGAUGGGGUUAAAAGUCAAAUCUGGACCAUUGCCCCUUUCCUGGAGUUGCUUGGGCUGCCCUGGGCGCUCAUGCAAACGUGCGAGGGUCCAGGACAAGCGGACUCCUGGACCAAAAUGAAAACCCGGUGCUUAAGGGUAACGGCUCAGGGAGGGAGUCAGUUGGGAGCGGGUGCGGAGCAAAGCGGGGAGCGCAUUCUCAAGUUAGCCUGCAGAGAUGAGGACCCGAGGGUCAGAGCGUGCGCCGCAACCGUUGCAUCGCAGUUGAUCGCGGAAUGGAGCUUACAGACUGCAACAGAAGCAGCUGCUGAAGUGAGUGCCUUGGCAGCUGACUCGUCGGAGGUGGUUCGACAUGCUCUCGCUUCGAGCGUCGCGAGGCUGGAGUGCGUCCUGUCAGGAAUCAGUACAACCGCUCCAGGCGACGUUCGCGAAGCCAGCCAAGCUGCCUGCAGUGCGUGCGACACCUCCGGAGCUGGCCUGGGACUUCUGCUUCCGGUACAAGAGUGGCAGAAGAUGUUCAGCCUACUGCUCUUCGAGGAAGUGUUCUCCGACGUCCAAAUAGCCUUUCUGCAGACUCUGCCCACGCUUCUCAAGCACGCAUCCGAGGCUCAGCUGGCGAUGCUCAGGGAGACUCUCUUACGCUGCCUGGAAACGUUCCCGCUGCACGCGAGCCCCCCAGUGCGCGCUGCGUUCAGCCGGGUCGUAGGGAGCUUCGUUCCGGCGCACGUGCUGAGCGCGCUGUUUGCGAGCGGCGACCCCGACCAGAACGGAACGCGCCUUCUCGACACGUUCAAGCAGGGAUUUGCGGUUACGGACGAAGUCGACGUCCGAGAGACGUUACUGUCCGGCAUCACGGCGAUCGCGACGGCGUCCGGCCCGCAGCGGCAGCUCCUCUUCUUCGCUCUGAUCCUCCUGGUCGAGCAGCUGGACUACUUCGACGCCGGCCUGCGCGCGACCGCCGUCGAGAGCAUCAAGGAGGUUGCGGCGCGGUGCUGGCCCGCGGCAUCGACGGGAAGCGUCCACGCGAUGGUCGAGGCGUACAAGUCGGAUCUGGCGAGCUACCUGUGUGCGCGGCUGGUGACGCGUCCGGCGCUGGUUGCGGAGUUCUCGGAGGCGGUGGCGGGGGUGGGCCUGAACGUGUUUCUUAAGUACCUCGCGCCGGCGGUGCUGCCGAGCCUGGUGCUGGAACAGGACAAGUCGCUCGGGAUCCUGCAGGAGCUGGCGCGCAGGCUGGGGGGCGACGUGGCAAUCAUGUUGAUUGACUACUGUCCUCAGGUGAUGUCAGUGCUACUUUUGAAAGCAAACGGCGACCAGCUGGCGCGCGUGCUGGACUUUUACGAGGAGCAUACCAGAUUCAAUCCAAAGAACCUCUUUGAGGGGAGCAUGAUCGGUCUGCUGGCUGAGCUCAUGCGCUUCUUAGGAAACCGAGACACCGAGGAAGCAGAAAGAAGGUCCCACCGCGUUGCGCCCAUGCUGGAGUCCGUCGCGCACAUCGUGAUCGACAACCCGGGCGUCAACCUGGCCGACUUUCUCAACCAGUACUUGCUGGCCAUCCUCACCAACGUCGACCGCGACAUGCUCCGCUCGCGCGACGCCACCCUCCGGCGGCACGCGCUCAACGCCAUCGGCAGCCUGAUCGUCCUCAUCAAAGACCACCUGAGCAAGUUCGCGCCCAAGUUCAUGAGCCUGCUCACGUGGGCGCUGCAGGAGGAGUCGGCGCGCGUGCACUGCCUGGGCGUCUGGAUGACGUUUGUGAAAACGCUGGCGCUGCUCGCGCCGGGGCACCUGAAGACGAUUGCCAGCCAGAUCGUGGUCGCCAUCAUGCCGUGUCUGGAGAGCCAACCCCUGGCGGACAACCCGCCCUCCUCCGUCUCGACCCUCGCCCCUCCUGCGCAGCAGCGCGACGCUGACGCCGAAAUCGCGAACCUCGCCGCCGGCGUUCUCACGGAGCUUAUCGUCGCGCACCGGAAGCGGCUCGGGAGCACUCUCGCGGAGCUACCGGUCCUCCCGAGCAUCCCCGCGCUCGCUGACGUCAACCGGGUGCUGUCCAAAGCCCGGGGCGAGCUCGGCAUGCUUGACCACCUGCGUCAGGUCAUUGAUGGGCUGGGCCACGAGAGCCUCAGCGUGCGCUGCGCGGUGCUUGGGGAGUUCCGGCAUCUGAUGCGCGUGCGGCGCGUGGAACUAAACGAUCUGGUGGCCCGGGGGGGUCCGAAUGUGGAGAAGCUGCUGGGUUUGCUAGUGGCCGGGCUGCUCAAAGGGUGCUCGGAGGAGGCGCGCACGAAGCUGAGCAACAAGCUGAAGAUGCUGUGCGCCGAGUGCCUGGGGGAGCUCGGGGCGCUGGACCCCGCCCGGCUGGUCCACGUUGAGGUGCGGCAGCCGGGCAGAAUGGAGCGGCCCGACGAAGAUCUGGCGUUUGAACUCGUCACGGAGCACCUCGCCAAGAUGCUGCGGGCGGCGACAGAUACGGAGGUCGCGGAUGCGGCCGCGCUGGCAAUCCAGGAGAUCCUCAAGUUUGCGGGUUGCGGCCCUGAGGCGGCGGCGGCUUCGGAAGAGUCGGAUGCGGGCCAGACGUCGGGAGCCCGGCUGUGGGCUCGAUUCCCGGAAAGUGUGCGGGAGAUCGUGGAGCCGUGCUUGACCUCGAAGUAUGUUUUGAAGCGGAAGGGCAUCUCGCUGCCGUCAGGGGCCCUGUUCAUGCACGGCAUGCCGUUCCGCAGGUGGAUAUACCUCUGGAGUCGGCGCCUCAUGUCUCAGGCCAAGGGCCCACGCGCCGCCGUCUUCCUUGCGUGCGCGGGCGCCAUCAGGCAGGACAUGGGCACCGCCCUUUACCUCCUCCCGUACCUAGUUCAAAAUGUCGUCUGCGAGGGCGACCCGGAAGCCUCCGAAGGCGUGUGCGAGGAACUCCUAACCGUGGUCGCAGAAGGGGAAGCCCCUGGAACGCCCCAACCGGGCACUUCGGAAGCAGGCACGAGCGCCCGGGGGAGUCACCCGAGCGAAGUCAGCAUACAGGCGGUCUUCUCGCUGCUGGACAUGUUGGGGCAAUGGCUGGAUGACUGCAAGCAGACGCUGAGCCACCGGGCAGCGAUCCAGGCCUACAGUCGCACAGCGCCCACCGCCGCGGACGAAGAAAUAACGCGCGUACUCAAAAAGCGGUCGGUGAGAGUCACCGAGCUCUUGGCGGCGAUCCCGCGGCCGGCGCUCGCACGAGCUUCUUACCGCUGCCAGGCGUACGCCCGGGCGCUUAUGUACUUUGAAACGCACGUGCACGGGCUCUCGGGGGGCCUCAACCCCGCGGCCGCGCCGCGCAGCGGGGCGUUUGCCGAGGAUGACGUCAGCUUUUUGCUGGAGAUCUACAGCGGGCUCGACGAGCCGGACGGGCUGGGGGGGCUGGCGCGGCUGCGGGGCCAGGCGAGCCUGCAGGACCAGAUGCUGAUCACGGAGAAGUCGGGCAACUGGGCGGAGGCGCUCACGUGCUACGAGCAGGCGCUGCAGAUGGAGCCACACAACGCGGCGCGCCACGCGGGGAUGCUCAACUGCCUGCUCAACAUGGGCCACCUGCGCGCGGUAGUGACCCACGUGGACGGGCUGAACAGCCGCCUCCCGGACGCGCGCCAGGCGUGGUGCGCGUACGGAGUGCAGGCGGCGUGGCGGCUGGGGCAGUGGGAUCUGCUGGAUGAGUAUCUGGAAGGGGCGUCGGCGGCUGGCGAGCCGCAGGGGCCCGGUCCCGCGGCUGGGAGCGUGGAGAGCCCCUGGUCGGCAUUUGAUCUGAGCCUGGCCAAGAGCUUGCAGGCGCUGCAGCGGAGGGACCGGGGAGGCUUCACCGAGCAGGUGCGCUCCGCCCGGCAGGCCCUCCUGCAUCCCCUCGCCGCGGCCAGCAUGGAGUCGUACACGCGCGCGUACCCCCUCCUCGUCAAGCUCCACAUGCUGCGGGAGCUCGAGGACUGCAAUCCCAUCCUCGCGACCGCUUCCGCGACGUCUGCAAGCGUCGCACUCCCAAACCAGAACCCUGUGGGCCCAAGCACAAGCGGGGCAAUCCUGCAAGAGUCCGCUCUGGCAGCGGGGAUGAAGGAGGCGACGCAGGACUGGGAGGACCGGCUAAAGAUCACCCAGCCCAGCCUAUGGGCCAGGGAGCCCAUCCUGGCGUUGCGGAGGCUCGUGUACAGCACCGCCGGCAUGACGUCCGAGGUGAGCGCCAGCUGGCUCCAGUUCGGGCGCCUCUGCCGGGGCGCCGGCCACUACGAGACGGCCUCCAUCGCCGUCCUCGAGGCGCAGGCCCACGCAGCCCCCGGCGUGCACCUGGAGAUGGCCAAACUUUUGUGGGCGACCAAGAAAACCCACCGGGCAGUCUCCACGCUGCAAGAGAACCUGCUGCACGCGCCCCCCGAGGUCCUCGGGGUCGCCAGGGACGCCGCCCUGGGCGGGGUGCACGUGCCCACCGCCGGAAAGGAGCGACCCUCGUCGGGGAGCGUGAGCAUCGUUCCGUCCGCCGGGGCGAAGGACUGCACGGAACACGAGAUGGACAGCAAGACGCUGCUGCUGCUCGCGCGCUGGCUGCACCACACGGGGCAGAAGCAGAAGGAGGACGUCAUCGCGUGCUUCAAGCGCGUGCGGGACCUGCGGCCGCGCUGGGAGAAGAGCUUCUUUUACCUCGCCAAGUACUACGACGACCUGCUCAUGGACGCGAAGAGGCGGCAGGAGGCGGAGGCCGCUGGGCAGGCCGCCCAGAAAGGCCGCAGCAGCGCCCUCGAGGACGACACGCCCUGGUUUGAGUACGUGACGGAGACGGUCGUCAACUACGCCAAGUCGGUUCACAGGGAGCCACGUCACCUGCACCACGCGCUGCCGCGGCUGCUGACGCUGUGGUUCGAGUUCGGGAGCACGUUCAGGGGGCAGACCCUCAAGAAGAACGCGCGAGCCAGUUUCGUGAAUCAGAAGCUGCACAAGAUCAUGAACGGGUGCCUGCGCGACCUGCCGAAGCACCUGUGGCUGGCGGCGCUCCCGCAGCUCAUCUCGCGCGUGUGCCACCAGAACGAGGACGUGGUCAAGCUGCUCAAGGCCAUCCUCACCAAGGUGGUGCAGACGUACCCGCAGCAGUCGCUCUGGUACAUGGCCUCCGUCUCCAAGUCGAUCGUGGCCGCGAGAAAGGAACAGGCCAACGAGAUCAUCCUGUCCGCCAAGCAGAACGUCCCCGACUCCGCGCGCGCGCUCUUCCCCCAGUUCGCCUCCCUGACCGACGCCAUGAUCAAGCUGUGCUUCCACGGGGGCGAGUCCAAGACCAAGGCCAAGACCAUCAGCAUCUCCUCCGAGUUCGGGCACCUCAAGCGGAUGAUGCCCGUCAACGUCAUCGUGCCCACGCAGCGCGCGCUGACACUCCCGCUCGCGCCCGACGGGUCUGCGGCCACGCAGCGCGACCCGUUUGCCGCGGAGGCAUACCCGACAGUGGCCGGGAUCCGGGACGAGGUGGAGGUGCUGGCGUCACUGCAGCGGCCCAAGAAGGUGCUGCCCCUCUUCCCGCCCAUGUUCCAUAAGUGGUUCCUCAGCUCGUUCGCGGAGCCCGCGAGCUGGUUCCGCGCGCGCCUCGCGUUCGCGCACACGGCCGCGGUGUGGUCCAUGGUGGGGCACAUCCUGGGCCUGGGCGAUCGUCACGGGGAGAACAUUCUGCUCGACAGUGGCACCGGCGACUGCGUGCACGUCGACUUCAGCUGCCUCUUUGACAAGGGCCUGCAGCUCGAGAAGCCGGAGAUGGUGCCGUUCCGGCUGACGCAGAACAUGGUCGACGGCCUUGGCGUGACCGGCUACGAGGGCGUCUUCAUCCGGGUGUGCGAGAUCACGCUGUCGGUUCUGCGGUCCCACCGCGAGAGCCUGAUGAGCGUCCUCGAAACCUUCAUCCACGACCCGCUCGUCGAAUGGACCAAGCUGCACAAGUCCAGCACUGUCGAAGUUCAAAACCCGCAGGCACAUCGCGCAAUGUCGAACAUUGAGGCGCGCCUGCAAGGCGUAGUGGUAGGAGUUGGCGCCGCUCCCAGUCUGCCUCUCAGCGUCGAAGGCCAAGCUCACCGUUUGAUACAAGAAGCCGUCUCCCUUGAAAACCUGGGCAAAAUGUACAUUUGGUGGAUGCCAUGGUUUUGAGGGGCCAACAGCUUCGAAGUUGAUGCUGGCUAAGUAAAGAAGCGAGUCUUCUUGUAGAUAAUGGCUCGCACGAGACCCCCCUCCAAACUGUGCAGUACAGCGUUGUCACUGAGCACAGCCAAAUUGAACUGCACGCGGUUUAGAAUAUCGAACAUGUUGCUCGCGAACAUGGCCUGGAAAAACUCCGUCUUUCAAAACUCCUGCAGGCA